CAUCCCUGGUUUAUAACAGACAUGAUUCUUGUCGUAGGUAGGUAUACAAAAUACAAUUUCACUCUAAUGGAAACACAAUGCAAGAGUAUUAUGUACCUAUGAGUGUGCGUUUUGACGAUUGAUAUCAAUGCUUUGAAAUGAGGUAAUUUUUUAUCGUUUUACCUCCACAUCAGUACCUAGACGGCUAAUACCUGUGAUCUAACGUAUAUAUAAGUUGCGAUAUUUGUGAACUUAGAUCACUAUACAAUUCACCAUCGUUCGUCAAGUGCAACAAUAAUCAAGUUAAGAUUACCAUCAUGUCUUACGUCGAAGAGCUAAUGCCGUGUCCGUACGAUAGUUCGCAUCGCAUUCCGCCCCAUUCAAUGCAGCGCCAUUUGUUCAAGUGCAGAAAAAAUAAUCCAUCCACGAAAUUGGUCGCCUGCCCGUUCAACACUGCUCAUCAUGUGCCGGAACGAGAGUUGAAGCUACAUGUGGAAAGCUGCGAUGAUCGGGCCACGUUCGAACUCUACAAGUACUCCAUAUUGAGUGGGUCUUCGAGCACGAGCAGCAACAGUAGCUACAAAGACGAGGAACCGGAGCUGAUAUACUAUAACGUGGACACACCACAGGAACCAGGAAUAACUCUCCAGAAUGACGACGAAUGUUGGGACGAUUCAGCUGUGCCAGCGUACAACCCUCAGCAGUACUGUCGCACAGCGAAGAUUAUCCGGAAGGCCUCCCUCAUGGCACCUGUGGCCAAACAGCAGUUCUAUCGUGAGGAGUAUCACCGACACCGCGAGAUCCGCAUGGCUUUGGAGAUGAAGGACACCAAAGCCCAAUCCCAGCGUAACGAUGACCAUGUUUCGUAUGACAAGCCAGCGUUCAAGGAAUAUCGUAACCCAGUUUCGGAGUCGACUGUAAAGGAACCGAGCAAGGGUGCCGUGCAAAACCCGCUGGAUCAGCACAAAGAUCGGCCAAUGGAGAAGAAGCAGAACAACCACCAGCAGAAACGUCGGUUUCGAGUGCGUGAUAAUCGAUCAAAAGUGUUGGUAAAUGCUAUUGGCGAAAUUAGUGGUCUACUUAGCAUGAAUCUGAACGUUGGAUGUUGAAUGAAAAUUGUAA